UACCUUUUUUUUUUAUUUAAAAUAAUUGCGCGAAGUGUAUACCAGAGGCGGAUCUUGAUGCGUCUGGUCAGCAGAUUCUCCGGCGAAGCACGAUGGCCGGAAACAACGACAACUCGGACCCGAGUCUCUACAAAGUUUUGGUGGAUUGGUGCCAGAGAAUGGAGACGAGUCAAGCGAGACUAAGGAACGAUGUGGAUGAUCUGCUCCUCCAGGAGGAUAGACGAAUCGGCAUCGAACCUGCGCCGGAAUCGGAGGCUGAGGCGGAGGAUUUGUGGAAUAGUCCGUCGGCGACUUGGGAUAAAGCGGUUUCGGGAUUCUACUUCGCCGAUAGUGCGUACCGGACCUUGAUGGAUUCAAUGGGACACGCUGUUCAUGUCACAUCCGCCGCCUCUGGAGAAAUUACAUUCUGGAGUCGUUCUGCUGAGAAUCUGUACCACUGGUAUGCUGAGGAAGUUGUUGGCUACAGAACAAUUGAUUUGCUUGUAACCGAAGAAUAUCGGAAUUGCCUUAUGAGUAUACGGAACAGGGUUUGUCGUGGGGAGACUUGGGCUGGUCAGUUUCCCUUUCAGAAGAAAACAGGUGAACUAUUCAUGGCGUUGGUGACUAAAAGCCCUAUAUACGAAGACGGUGAGCUCGUUGGUGUUGUUACUGUGUCAAGCGAUGCAACACUAUUUAAUAGGAUGCAUCCGUUAAGUAGUGAGCAUCAACAGCAAGCACAUAGUAAUAGACAUGAUUCGAACUUGAGAAAGCAUCAAUGGCACCUCCCGAGGCCUCAGAUCGCUGCAGCACCACAGAUUUCAUCUACUGUUUCGAACCUGGCGUCGAAGCUUCUACCACAGAGAAAUGGGGAUGAUUCCUUCAGUGGAAAUCAGACUUCUAGGAGCAGAGAUGAAAAUGUUCCGGUUGUUCCCUCCACAACUUUCGAAAAGUAUGGCUCAAUGGCGGAUAAGUUUUUGGGGAAGCUGCAAAGGAAGAUUACUGGUAGCCAAGGAAAUGAAGAUAAUGAGCCUAUCUUAGGAGGUGGAAUAAUUAAGUCAGCAGUUGGCAAUGGAUCUGUUUCUAACGCUUCUAAUGCAGUUAGCUGCACGACUUUCAGAGACUGUGGCAAUGAAAAGCCAAAAAAGGCUGAAACUAGAAUCUCAGAUGUCAACGGGAGUGGAGCUCGAGAUUUGAGUGAAGAGAGACAUAUAGUAUCACGUGCUGGAGACCGCUUUCAGUUUAUUGGGAAUCUCAGUCAAAGAAAACCACCUAAAAGACCAGAGAGUGGUCUGAUUUCUGGCAGGGGAACAAGAAUGUCAGACUUAAAUGGUGAGAUAGAAGAUGCUUGGACGGCUCGGCCUAGUGACGAUCCCUUUCCAUGUCUUGAAGCCAGCGACCGUAAGCAACAAAAUCCGUCGAGUCAAACAAAUGGAUUAAUUACCGAUUCGUCGUGUGAGAUACGAUGGGAAGAUCUACAACUUGGGGAAGAAGUUGGACGAGGUUCAUUUGCUGCGGUUCAUCGAGGAGUUUGGAAUGGUUCGGAUGUUGCUAUAAAGGUUUAUUUUGAGGGUGAUUACAAUGCAAUGACUUGGAUGGAGUGCAAAAAAGAGAUCAACAUUAUGAAGAAACUGAGACAUCCGAAUGUGCUGUUAUUUAUGGGAGCAGUAUGUUCCGAAGAAAAAUCUGCCAUAGUCAUGGAGUAUCUGCCAAGAGGGAGUCUCUUCAAAAUACUUCAUAAUUCGAAUCAGCCACUGGACAAGAAACGUCGUUUAAGGAUAGGCCUUGAUGUUGCUAGGGGAAUGAAUUACUUGCACCGCAGAAAUCCGCCAAUCGUACACAGAGACUUGAAAUCGUCAAAUCUGCUCGUGGACAGAAACUGGAAUGUCAAGGUUGGAGACUUUGGGUUGUCAAAGUGGAAAAACGCAACUUUCUUAAGCACUAGAUCCGGGAAAGGAACACCACAGUGGAUGGCCCCUGAAGUUCUCAGGAGUGAACCUUCGAAUGAGAAGUGUGAUGUAUUUAGCUUUGGAGUCAUCUUAUGGGAGCUAAUGACUACUUUAAUACCAUGGGACCGUCUAAACUCUAUUCAGGUUGUUGGAGUUGUCGGGUUCAUGGACCGACGGUUAGACUUACCAGAAGGAUUAAAUCCCCGGAUUGCAUCCAUAAUUCAGGAUUGUUGGCAAACUGAUCCAGCAAAACGACCGUCGUUUGAGGAAAUAAUAAGUCGGAUGAUGAGCCUGUUCCGCAAAGCGGGGUCUGGUGCACAAGAUGACGAGGAUUGACAAGGUACCAAUGUUUCAUAUGGUUAAGAGGAUGUUUUAUACAAAGCGAGGACGUGGGCAAAAGAAAGUAUCUUUCUGAUCUCUUACUUUACAAAUGUAACAUAGUGUUAAAGCUGCACUAAUUAUAUAUAAUUUCAUGAAAUGAAAGAAAAAAGCAGAAUUUUGGUU